CUUGCAUCGGCGCACCCUUUGUGCUCUCAAUUACCGCCGACUGAGGAGUCAACUCAGGAGCAGGAAUAGGAGCACUACAUGCGGACCAACUAAACUUUGCAGAAAGCUUUUCUUGAUCUGAACAGACCUAAAAAAAUGGGAAACCAACUGACGGAGAUGUCUCCCAACUCGCCCUUCCUGCCAAAUUUCCAGUCGUUACACGUGGUGGUGCUCGGCCUCGACUCGGCGGGGAAGACCUCCCUGCUCUACCGGCUCAAGCUGCGCGAGUUUGUGGAAACCAUCCCCACCAAGGGCUUCAACAUGGAGCGGAUCAAGGUGUCCAUGUCGGCCGGCAGCUCCAGGACCACCACCUUCCAGGUGUGGGACGUGGGCGGCCACGAGAAGCUGCGGCCCCUGUGGAAAUCGUACACGCGCCGCACCGACGGCAUAGUGUUCGUGGUGGACUCCGGAGAGGUCGAGCGGCUGGAGGAGGCCAGGGCAGAGCUGCAGAUGGUCUGCAGGGUGCCGGAGAACCAGGGGGUGCCCGUGCUGGUGCUGGCCAAUAAGCAGGACUUGCCCCACGCCCUGAGUGUGGCGGAGCUGGAGAAGACUUUGGGUCUCAAGGACCUAAGCAGCUCCUCCACGGCCAUCCACAUGCAGGGCUGCAGUGCGGUGGACGGCCUGGGCCUACAGACAGGCUUGGAGAGGCUCUACGAGAUGAUCCUCAAGAGGAAGAAGACAAACAGGAACAGCAGAAAGAGGAGAUGAUUCGUCUUGCUUGGACUUUCUUUCCAUGUGGGAAAGCAGUCAGGCCUAAUAAGAGGACAGUGCCUUAGGGGAGGAUAAAUAGACUCCCGCAGUGUACUGUAUGUAUGCCAAAGUCAAAUCAACGUGGCUUGGAUUCAAGGACUGAUCCAGCCGAUGCCAAAGGCUAAAAGGUGUGGGCACGUUUGGGUUUCGUGUGGAGCUGGAUUCUGCACGCAAUACAUAGCUGCCAACGUCUUCACCAAACGCUGGCGAGAGCACUGGGGACUGCCUGGCCUCAUGUUGAACCGGGCAGCCAGUCCGUGUUCAUGUCGCCAAAGUGGUUGUACAAAGUACAAAGAACUCUGAUUUUAGUGUUACGCUACACUGUAAUUGACUCUUCUGCGGUGUGGUAUUGGCUUGUCGACCAAAAGCAACAGGAAAAUGAUAGGUUCUAGUAGUUCUAGUAUUGUCAUGGGAGAGAGAACCAGUGAGAGACCUAAAGCCAAGACCUGAACAUUUGACCUGUUUCAUAACGAAGAGAUGUGGACUCUUUUUACUGUUUGAGCUGUGCUCAAGUUGUACACUUUUUUAAUAAGGAGAAAAUCAUGUGUAUUUUUUUCUGUAACUUUUUGUAAGUGAAAUAAAUUAUUGAAUACUUUUUAAA